AUGGAUUCCACCAAAUGGUGGAAACGUCUACGAUGCGACUGCUUCACAGAGGGCAUUGUCGUUCAAGACGAUCAUCAGCAAUAUUCCGAGAUGCUGAUUCCCAACAAGAAUGAUAUCUCCAAUGUCACGGAAUCUACAGCGGGCGAGUCCGCAUGGGACGAAGAUGAUAUCAUUGUGAACGAUGCCCAAACAAAUCGACCACUUCCUCAACAAGAGGAAAGCCUAUUCUUUGACAUGCUGGCGCCUGUGACCUCAAAGGGAGUCAUGGAAUUGGUGGACAUGGCCAAGGCCAAAUUCAUGUCCUCCAGUGAAAUCAACUAUCCUUCCUCUCUCACCGGAUCGAGUUUUGUGACUGGUGGCAACACUGCUAAUAAUGAACGGCGGGUCGAACUGUCAUGGGCCAAGGUGGCUGCCAAAUUACGGAACAAACGCCAAGCACAGUCUCGUCGCCAUGCUGCUCCUCCAGCGGCACCACCCGCCACCACUGACAAUAACAAUGAUCAACACCCAACGGGUCCUUUUCUGCUAGGCAUUGCAUUUCCUCACCCAGCAUAUAUGAACUCGCAACGUACUUUUGGUGGUGGCAAGGAGGAGGGCAUGACACCACAACCGCCAACGACAACUGUCAUAACAACACCAAACGAGGCGAGAUACUUCAAGACUAGUUCCAAUAUUCAUCAUCCACACGAGGAAAUGAUAUCCAAAGAGACCAAAGUUGUUCGAUUAUAA